AUGCGUUACUUAAAUAAACCGGUUUUGUAUAACUUGGAGAAGAAAAAACUAGAGGAGCUAGGAGAGUUAUGGGCAGAUAUUUUAAGUAUUCAUACAAAGUUUGCCAACCUGGUUCAAGAUGAUAAAAGAGAAAGAGCUGUAGAAAAGAUGAGGUACCAUGAAACCAAAGAGCAUGGCCAUGAGCAAGUCAAGAGAGAAGAAGGUUUCAAAGGAGAAGAACGUACCUUUCAAGAACAAGCUUCUGAUACAGACAAUAAUCUGAACCAAGGAUCCAGCUUGAUAGAAACCAUCUUUAAAGUAUUAUACCAUUGCAGUUUUUCUCCACAAACAUUUGGAAAUGUUUUUGUGAGCUACAUGGAAGAAGAACAAUUAUGGGACUCUCUAUAUAACAUCCCAGUCUCAACAUGCACAAAGUCCGAGCUAGAGGUCAUCCGAUGCUUGAGAUUGGCACUGACCGACGCUGUCAAGGACAUCGUACAGCAGAUAAUAUUUGUGAUGAGCUCUGGGAGAAGCUGUGAGACCAACCUCAACAAGCACAGCGUUCCUGAAUGCUUGCGUGAGAGCAUUCCAAAGGAAUGGAAUUAUAUUCCAAAAAAAACUAAAAGGAAAGAAUCAAGCAAAGGCUUCACAAGGCUUGCUGCUCAGGCAGUAUCUAUUGUAAUCAGCAAGUUACCUACGGUGAUUGCAUGUUUGCCUCCCCCAAUUAAAUACUUCUUUUUUCUGUCUGAGAGAAAAAUGUCAAAAAACUUUGUUGAAUUGAAGAAAGCUAGCCUCCUUGUCUGGAACUUGAUUGUAAUUAUAUGUCAGAUAUUUGAGGAUGGAAACACUGUGGAACUUUUAACAGGUGCCUCCCUUGACAGAUGGAGUAAAGAGAAACUUGGUUUAAUCUGUGUGUGUUUGGAAAGCAUCAUGGGAAAGCAGACAAGUGGCCCUAAUCAAAUGACCCAGAAGGUCAUACAGAGCAUUGAGCAGGAAAAACCCAACUGGAUUGAGAGCCAAUUGUUGAAAGCAAGAAAUUUGAGCACCAAAUGGUAAAGCGAUGUUUUUCUUUCACUGAAUUUCAUCAAAUACGUUCACAAUAACAAAAUCAACAAUAAACAACAAC